AGUUUUAUCGAACGUUUCUUCGCGGUUGGUUAGGCGUAUGUUACGGGUCCGGUCAGAUGCCGGGUCAUCUCUCUCUCUUUCUCGUCACUUUUCCACCCCCGUCGCAAAAACAGAAAGAAAAACCCUCCCCAAAACGGUCCAUCCGAUCGGAUCGGUGUGUUCGGUGCCGUUUUUGCCGACACAGCUUCUGCCGGGUUCUGCCGUGUUCUGUUCCGGCACUGAUUGGUGUUUUUUUCGGUUCCCGCAGUACGCACGGGCACACAAAAAUCGAAACAUAACAAAUAAAAAUAUCACGCAUUCGCUAAGCGCCCUUUAUUCCAGCUAAACUUGGGCAAUAAUCAUCAUUGGCGUAGUGUGUGUAGGAAAAAUAUAAAAGUGACCUCGUUCUGGUAGUGACCCUUGGAAUGUAGCAGAUCGUCCCACAGGGAAUUCCAAGUGCCGGCAAUAAGUUAGUGUAAUGAGUGGGCCGAUCUAGUGAUGAUUUUAUGAUUGAGUAUCAUGCAAAGUGAUCGUGUGCGUGUGAAUGUAUGAGAGUGAAAUGGUGAAAAAUUUUCACCGGUGAGCCACGAGUGAGUGAGCGCGAAUCAUCGAAGUGAUCGCGCGUGUUGCAGUGCAAAAAGGUGAAACAAAGUAGGCGCAAAAACCGCACUCAAAAAGUCACGUCAAACAAGCUUCGUUCCGUGUUUCGUGCUGGUGGCGUGGUCGGUUGUGCCUGUUCGAGCUGGUUUCGGGCAAAAUCUUUGGAAGUUGCGGAAGUGCGUCACCGUGCUCCUCACGUUUACGGAUUGUUGUACGAAGCAAUCGGAAUCAUUGCGGCGAUCUUUAACGUAACGGCGCACUGGCACGCGUGUAUGCCAUUUUCUUCUCACCGGUGAUGGUGCGGUGAUUUUUCCUACCUCGGUUUGCUCUUUCUGACAACAUACCACAGUACCGUCUGGAGCUAGAGCAACCCGAAGCACCCGACAAAACAACCCGGCGUUGCCGGGUGAGAGUGUCCGGCCAAACGGUUCCGAUCGAUGUUCCGAAUUUGAGUCCGUACCGCAGACCCCGCAUACCGUAAUGACACAAAAUGCAACAUCGCCUAAAAUAUGACCAGCAAACCGCAACCAGACAAAUUGGGAAGGAACAUGAAGGCGCUGCCAUCGGCUAUGUGGAACAGAGCAAUACCGGAAAAUGAUUACAUCCAGCUCGGGACUUUACGCUACGGAGUACGUCUAUCCAAUACUGGACUGCUGGAUGGCGGGAAACCGGGCCACGUGACCGAUUUGAACGAAGGCAAUUCCCGCGCGUCUGUCAAUUCCUACGAGAUCGCGAACGGUGACAACAGUGUACACAGCGUCGGCGGAACGAGCAGCAUUAGCAGCAAUGGAGAGAACCCGAACUGCUGCUGCAUCGGAACAGGCGGUGUGGAAAUGCCCUGGACUAAUAGUAGCUACGGCCGUACCAAACUGCCAGUUCCUAGUAGCUUAACUAAGAAUAGAAAAUCAUCUCCCUUCGCAUCGACAACGGUCGGUUCGCCCGGAGCGGAGGGCCAACAGCAGCUGCCGAGGUAUCCAAUGUUGGCGCCUGGUCGGACCAACAACAACGGGACCCAUUUCAGUCAGUUAGCGCAAUCGCACGACCACGGAAGUGACGGUUACACUGGUGGUGCCGAACUGUUGGUUGACUCGAGCUACAGGAACGGCGUCACUAACAACAACGGCAGCAGCAGUAGCAGAGGUGAUAGUGAUCACAGCAACUUUAGCAACAUCAACAACGCUGACGGUCGUUAUAAUAGUCAGGAUCAUCCAAAAUUGUUUGCUGCAGCUCAGCAGCAGCAACAGCAAGAAUCCGCAUCACCAAGAUGCUCGACCGUAGUGUGCUGCUAUAGCAACAGUUUCGGAUCGGGCAGCAAGAAGCAGAACAACGGUGAACAACGGUUGCAAGAAAAGCAACACCAGCAGCAUCCAGAAAAGCGCGAACAUUCAGAAUCUUCUGGCUCGAGUGUAGGUUACCAGAACGCAAGAAGCUACCGUCAGCAGCAACGGAAUGAACGAUCGAUUGGAUAUUCCUCCAACGCGCUAGAUCGCCAUGAUGGAGCAGAAUAUCUGGCCACCAAUGGACCGGACAGUACCGCCAGUGGAACGUCUGUAAGAAACGAGUUCGAUGAUGCAAAUGAUACCGAUGUUGAUGAUGAUCUUUCGGCACUGGUUAUUGUUGGUGCGAAUGGUGAACUCUUCUCCACUGCCGACGGUGGUGGCAGUGUAAUAUCAAGUGGCGGUGACUAUCGGAAUGGGGGUGAUGAUUUAAAUUUAAAUUCGAAAAACGCACUACGACAGCAGCAGCAUCUUGGGCCGCAGCAGCAAAGUUGGCCGGUGCAGGGACAAGGCGGAAGAAAAGAUGUGAACAUAAAUAAUUUCGAGAAAAAGAAAAUAUCAUCUGAACUGCACGGUGCUGGUGGACUGAACCUCACCAGAUCGAUUAGUGCACGGUCCGGUGAUGGUGUUGGUGGUGGUAGAAAUAAUAUUAGGAAAAAACAUUCCUCCUCUGCUGGUGGAGGUACCGAUCUUUGCACUGACGAGCUAUCCUCUACGUCUUCGCUAUCUCCACGGCCUGUAUCACCUUCUGCGCAACAACCGGCAUAUGGUUGUAUCCUGACGCAUCCUGCAUCAGAAGAUCCAGUUGCAGGAUCUCCACAUCCUCUGCAAGCUCAUCCACCUCCGAUUGCCACCCCUUUUGCCCAGCGGCGUCGAAUAUUGCAACCUCCCUCAUCAUUACCGGUGGUGAAAUCUUACAGCUUCCAUCGUGUUCCAUCCGAUGCUAUUGGGUACUGUUCACCGACGCUCUCCUCCAGAUCGCCCGUCGGUGUCGGUAUCGGUGACUCUAAUCAGCUGUUCGAUGGUCCCUUACUAAACAGUCCCGGUAGGAAUCGAUCGUUUCGCAGCGCUAAUCAUGCAAGACGAUUACACUAUGGACAGUUGGAUGAUUCAUUUCGUGCAGAGAAACAAAACGGUUUUGUUCGGGAUGAAAUAGGCGGCGAGGCACUCUACUUUCGUCCGAACGUAACGCGCAAAUCAUCUCUGCCAGUGUUGAGUAGCAAUAGCGGCAACUACACCACCACAACAGCUGGCAACAUCCGCAAUCAUAAGUGCAGCGAUGCGCUCAACGAAAUACGGCUGCAAUCGCUGAACAAGUACUGCAACAAGCUGCUGGGCGGGACAGCGCAUACGGCUACCGCACCAUACCGUGUCAGUGGUGUACCGGGUGGACCGUUGACAGGCAUCGACGCCAACCUGCCGACGACGGUCAUUGGCGGCACCCACGGUCGUACGCAACAGCGUCCGAUCGAUGAACUGGAGGAUCUUAGUUUCAUUGACUCGUCCGAUCUGUCAUCGGCCGGGGACGACAUCAACCCUGCGCUCGUUUGCACCGAGCAGGACGAUUGCGGUCAAUACGGGCGCGAGUGUAGCAGGACGCAACGCAAACCGUAUCCGUCGAUCAUCACCGGUGCGGCAGUACGCCACCCGAUCACGCCAGCUGUUGAGGGUGCCGAGGGUGCUGCUGGCACACUGCCAGCUGUGGACAGUGGUAAAACAUUAGCAUCAACCACGGCCGUACCGUGUACCGUAAGUGGUGGCGCAUUUGUCACCGCUAGUGCCGCGAAUCGAAACAAUUACAUCGACUCGUCCUCGGACGAACUGUACGGUGUGUGUAGUGGUGUCGGCCACCUAACGCUAACCUGCGACGGUACCGAACCGUACCGACGCAAUAGUGAUGAACAGUGGCCAUCGCAGCGGCCGUCCGUAGUCAAGUGCCGUACGCAGUGCAACCGUACCGACAGUAACGCCAACGACGACUAUCAAGCGGCACGGUACGGUGCCGAGUUGCGCUUUGACGGUGGUUUACAGUCAGCAUCCGCCAUCAGCACGCUCAUUACUUCGCUAGCUAACGGGGGUGUAACGUGUGCGGGUAGCAGUGACAUUGGACACGGUGAUAGUAACGUUACAUCGCAAGAUCGAUCAGGCGGUAGACGCAGUGAUACCAAUAACAAUUACCACCGGAAUAGUAGUAACGGUGAUAGUGAACAGCAACAACAACAACUGCAACAACAACAGCAUCAACAGCAGCAGCAGAAAUAUACUACUGUGUCGUCUAAUAAUAGCGCUGAGAAAAGUGUCAGUGUCGGUGGUGUUGGUGGCGAACCCGGACGGCCAGGUGGUAUCGGUGAGCAGACACCGUUGGGUCGCGCGGCAACGGAUGAUAGCUACCCGCCAUCGUCGCUUUAUGCUACGAUCAAAACGCAGGGUUACGGUCCUGCUUGCUCAUCGCCGGACCAUCACGGUGGGUUAAACUGCUUCGGAAGGAGUAACGCUCAAUUCCAUGCUGCGUGUAGCGGUACCAACGACAGAUCGAUAAUGGAAAAACGUAACAAUACAUUAGAUCGUUUGCAAAGAUUAGUGAAAAAGACUACAUCUAGUUCGUCCGAGAAGCAAGCCAAUAGUGGUACAGCAACGCCUGCCAAUGCAGGACCAGGCGCAACCAAAACGGAACGUUUGCGUGAGCUCACGGAACUGUUGAAGGGAAACAGAGCUCCUCCAGUGCCUCCACCACGACGAUCUAAACAUGCCCACAGUGUGGAGCGUACGCUCGAUCGACGGAAUACUGCCCUGUCAACGUCUAGUCUUAUCGAUACCAGCUUCCUUCAUGGUGCGGAAUCGAACUUACCCGAGUCACAGUUGCUGAAGGCGAAAGAAUCGCGCUCGGUGGACAUACCUUACCGGUUUGGGGAGAGUAGUGGACAGCGAAUGUCUACGCCAAGCUCACCACUUGUCGAACACAGACAGGUCAAUUUGAGAGCGAAUGUAAGCACCUCAAAUUUGGAAGCCUUACACGAGCUUCCACACGCCAGUUCUGGUGCAGCGGAUGAAUGCAAAUCGGAAGUUGGCCCCUUGAAAGAUGAUGAUGAACUAUUUGCUAAACUAUCGCGACCAGAAUCCCGCACAAUAGUGGGUUCAUACACGCAGAAAACGAUCCCCUUUCGAAGUGCUUCCUUUUCGCAGGUAGACUAUUCGUCGGGCAAGUACAUCCGAUCGGCGCUGGGAGCUUUAAAGAAUAGUAUCUUGAAAAAUAAGGAUCAACAACAAUCGAGCGUUGAUAGCAAUACGAUACCCCGGCAGUACUGUAAGAUCGUGGAAUCUGCUCGAAGUUGCAGUCCGACUGAGCUUUGUGGAAGUCAGUCGGUUCAGGAGUCACAGGGAGCACAGCCCGAUGAUACGGAUGUGGCAAAGCUGACGAUCAAGAAAACGGAGUUAAACAUCAAUUUAGCACCGCUGGAUGAUUAUGGCCGGUAUCAUGAGGUGGACGGUAAGGAUCUUGCCUCGAACCGAAACUCGGACAUUGAAACGAUCGUAGAAGAUCCGGUAGCGGAGCACAAUGAGAAUGUGGAAAAUGAAGGUUGUGUAGCGCAACAGGCAAACAUCAGUGUGAUGCAGGCAUCGGAGAUGGUGCUGGAGUCACUGGUGGAGGAAGGCAUACCCAUAACACCGACAUCCCUUUCCAAGGAUGACGAAUGUUUGCAGCAGGCUACGACCUGUCUGAUUCCCGUCCCCGUGUAUGAUUGUGUUGUGAGUGAAUGGAGCACGGCCCGACCUUCGGAGCAGUGGAUAGACGCUUCGACGACGGAGUAUGGGAAGUUUUCCGAUUGUUUGGGAAGCAUAAAGGAGGUGAAUGAGAACGCUAUCAAUGAUGCCCUCGGACCGGGGGCUGAUCUAUUUUCUACCGAACUAUCGGAGGAAAAUUAUCAUCCGGAAAAGAUCGUCGUUGAAAACCCGCCACAAAUAAUUGAACCGCAGGAAAGCGUUGAACUGUCGGAGGAUGGUUGUGGGUCGGAUGGUGCCGCUGAUACAAACGAAGGUAGCAAUGGGUCGGUGGAGGGUAUGAUGAUCUGUACACCACCCGUUUCGAUCAUAUGCACUGAGCCGGAGAGUAAUGAGUAUACGACGAUCGUGGACGGAAGUGCUGGAACGCACAAGGUGUCCGUAGUGAUGGGUGAUGGUAACGAGGUGGAAGUAGUGGAGGUACGAAAACGUCACAGCAAUAAUGAGGAUAUGGGUGAUACGCCGAAUUGUCGGUUGUCGAACGAUGUGGACGAAAAACGUCGUCUGGAAUCGCGGAAAUCGCGUCGGAAAGGUAUCUACAUACAGUGGCCUGCAAUCGACGGAAACAAUGAGUUGGAGUCGGAUCACAACGAUAAUGGUGUAACGACCGGUGAGGAAGGUAAUGUUAGCUGGAACCCGCAACAGUUGGGACAGGUGAACGAGAAAGAUUCAAGUUUGGAUCUUAGCGGAGAUAGUUUUACCGAUCUCAGCGGAAAGGAUACGAUCGAGUAUGGGAAGGAGCGUGAGAACGCGGUACACUCGCCCGAGCGUUAUCUGCUUGAUCCGACCACUCCGGAUUCGGAUCCGGGCAAACCGAUCUGGCCAAAGAGUAACCGUCGGCAGAGUCUCACGUAUCAGAGCUCGGACGAGAAGGAUGAUACAUUGCCGGCUCCGGCAUUGCCAGUGAGGACGCUGAAAACUCUUCUGCUCCGAUCGGAUUCCGUUUCCGAUAACGAGAGUGAUCGAGCUUCGUCACGUGAUCGUACGAGUGCUUCGCCCGCACCUGGUGGAGGUGAUUCGGAUCUGAGAAGAUACUCGAAACGACCCCUACGAGGACCGUAUGGACAAAUGUUGGAAGCAGAGAUGAAGAAACCAACGAGUAAAGUGCAGUACAGUGAAAUCUUGGAGGAACUAACACGGAACGAAGGCCACAACACCAAUGCAAACGCACCGAGAAGUCGUGGUACAGGAAGUCAGUCAAUGGACGAAACGAACGAUCGUCAUGCAGCGAAGGCGGGAUCGAAACCACGAAAAACCAGCGCUAACUUGCCGGUGCCGACACAUGUGCGGACUGCUUCCAGCCCUUCGAAACUGUCCGAUUCAUCCAGUUCACAUUCCGCCAGUCCAUCGAAGCGCUAUCUGUGCAACAUUGAACAGCGCAGUACGGAUUCGGAUAAGUCGGAAAAAUCGAUGGUCAGCGGUGGUAAGCUGGAGAGCAAAAAGUUUUCUCUCGAUAGCCAUCUGGCGGAUAAGUCAUUGAGGCGCGGUGGCUCGGAUGUUCACGAGAAGCCGAACAAGCAGCGUAGCGGAUCGAGUGCCAGUGAUAAGCAGCAGAAGCGCAGUUUGGAUGAGAUACGAUUGUCACAGAACAGCCGUACACCGUCUGAGCGUAGUUUCACUCUGUUGAGUACGCCUGAAACACCGAAGGGUUUGGCCGCUUCUCCCGAGCUGUUAGCCGAGUUGCUGAAAGGAUCGAGCGAAAAGCUAGUCACGGAACAGUUGACCGGUAGCGGUGGUAAUAUUGGAGGGAAUGGUAGCAAUGCUUUACCAUCGGCUGUGCUUAAUUGUUUGGAUACGCGAACUCACGUGGUGGUGGAGCUUUUCAACACGGAAAAGUCGUACGUGGAAUCACUGCAAACGAUAGUGCUGAAAUAUUUAAACCAACUAAAGUCACCAGAAAAUUCGGGCCUGGUCGAUGCACAAACGGUGGAUGAAAUAUUUUUCAUGGUUCCAGCCAUACUGAACAUUCACGAGCGCUUUCUUGAGGAGCUGCGGCGGCGAUUGGAUUCCUGGGACAAGAUGCAAAUGAUUGGCGAUGCGUUUGUGGACGUUUUUUCCCGCCCGGUCAUACUCGACACGUACACGGCAUUCGUGAACAACUGGAACAGGGCGAAGGACGCUAUCCGGAGUGCGAGACAGAAAUGUCCCGCUUUUGCAAGGUUUCUCGAAGCCAUGGCCCGGGAACACAAGGGUAAAUUAUCGCUGGACAACCUGCUGAUCAAACCCGUACAAAAGUUUCCAAACUACGAACUUAUAUUCACAAGACUGAUAAAGCACACGGAUGUGACACACCCGGACCAGAAACCGUUACAGGAAGCGUUAAAGUUAGUGCACGAUAUACUGAUAUUUCUGAACUGCAAGGAAAAGGAAGCGCUGGAAAAUGGGCAGCGCGAGACGGCACUGCGCGAGCUGGAGGGUGUGAUCGAGGGCAUGAACGAUCUGGUAACACCGGAACGUGCCUUCCUGCUGUUCGAUCUGGUGUCGAUGCCAUCGGGACAGGUAACGCGCAAGGAGCGUGGCUUUUUCCUCUUCAACGAUCUUCUAGUGAUAACGAGCAUUAAGCGAAGAAGCGGAACGAUUCGAAAAACCAACAUGACCUGCCCGGGAAGUGUUGCGUCAACGCUGGAUACGAACAAGUACAAGUAUCUCACGAAGAUAUCGCUGGACGAUUUGGAAAUAGUCAAAUCUAAAGACGAAAAUGUUAGACGAAUCAUGAAAGAAAUUGAACAUCUUUCGGAAGAUAGCAGCAAGCUGAUAGAGAUAUCCGAUAAAGCCGCCAGCUUACGAUGUCCUCACGGAGCCUUGGAGGAAGCAAUUCGUGAAUUACAGCGCGAAGUUCAGCGACAACUUGCGGAACGGCAAACCAACGAUGCGCAGCUAAAUGUACUGGAGUUAACGUGGAACACCUCUAACGGUAUUCAAAAUAUGACUGUGGUGUUUUCGAAGCCGGAAAAGCGUACCCAGUGGGAGGAAAUAUUUGCGGAAGCUAAGCAGAAGUUAGCCAACAGCUUGGAACGAUGCCAAAUACCGGACUUCUUCGUAUCCGUACCGAUACGGAAGACACGGGCCGGUCUACAAUUCACCUGUGCCUCACCAACGCUCGGUGUGCAGAAGGACGUAUGGGUGUGCAACAGUGACGGAUACGUGGGUCAGGUUUGUGUGCUCAGCCUUGUGCCGGAACCAUCCGUGACGAGUUGCAACGGGGUGUGUAAUGCGCGGAUACUGUGCGUUUCCUCGGUACCGGCAAAUGAAGAACGGGCUUCAAAUUCAUCACUGAUGAAUGUGAAUAUAUCAAUCGUGGAUGCGACUGUGAACAGUGCACCGUGCAGACAGAACAAUUCCGUCGCCAACUCGCCCUCCAAAUCGGCCGAACGUAAGGGAUCGUUCAAAUCAACCGAUGGCAGUACGCGUCGUACGGUGACAAACAACGAAUCCAACAUUCAGCUAGAUUCGGGCAGCUCUAGUGAAGAUUCCGAUGCUGAAAGUCAACCGGAACGGGUUGUUGGUUCUGGUCAAACGUGUGCCACCUCGCUGACGCCUAACCAUCGGCAGCAGGAUUCAACGGCCAGUACGAACGUGGUGGAUGAGUCGGAAAAUCAGCAGUCGACGAUGUGGCUCGGAACGGAGGAUGGCUGCAUACACGUGUACAACUGUACGGAUAACAUUAGGAUCAAGAAGAACAAGAUUAAGAUACCGCACGUGAGUGCGGUAUACUCCAUACUGUACUUAGAUAAUCGUGUGUUUGUAUCCCUGGCGAAUGGUGAUAUUUGUGUGUACUCCAGGGAUCGCAAUGGAUGGAACGUAGCCUCUCCGCUAACAGUGACCGUUGGCACAGUUACCAAUCCCGUAGUGAAGUUACUUAACGUACACGGGAAACUGUGGUGCGCAAUACAGGGAACUAUAAAAGUAUUAAACACGAAAACUUUGCAAAUCGACAGCCAGAUUCAAAUUUCGAACGACUCAAAACCAAUCACUAAUAUGACAGUAUUAAACGAUUACGUGUGGAUUUCGGUGCAGAACUCUGCGCACAUCAAAUGUUGCCAUCAUGAAAGCUUUGAGAUUAUAUUUGAGGUAAAUUUAGCACCAUCCGUAAAUAAGAUGCUCUCGAACUGUGAUGAUAUCAUCCGACAGCACAAAGCGGCCUGCCUGCGUGUCACAUCCUUGCUCGCCUGCAAGGAUCUGAUCUGGGUAGGUACUAGUGCCGGUGUAUUGCUAACCAUAGCAGCUCACAAUGUUGCCAAAGGAUCAUCGUUACCGGCAGUGACGGGUCUUCCUCACGGUCAUACCGGGCAUGUGCGGUUUUUAACAUUCGUUGAAUCACCGGACAGCGACGCGGAUCUAGUGCAGGAAGGAAGCGUAUCGUCGGCCGGUGCCCAAAACUCCGCCGGAUCGGGAAAAGCGGGCAAAGCAUCCCUGCAAGACUUGCUCGUAAUUUCCGGUGGUGAUGGUUACGAAGAUUUCCGAAGUGCGGGCAAUAACACCAUGAGUGAGGUGGCUGGUCGUGAGGACAGUACCAACCAUCUGCUACUGUGGAAGGUGUGAAACGCUGUCGGCCAUUGAUUGGUCCCGAAGGAGUACCGUUUGUUACGCACACUAUUUGUUUUGUUACAUUUGUUUUGGAAAACAGAAUUAACCCGAAUUCGCUCAAAGCAUCUCGGGUGGCAUCAAUGGAGGAUGCGGUAUAGGUGCAAGCUGGUCUUGCAAAUUUUUGGAAGAAAGAUAUAUUUUUUCUUCUCUGUUUUUUUACCCGUUCCGUAUACAUUCGAAUAUGGUUUCGAAAGUUUUGUUUGAUUGCGUACAUUAAGCGUGCGCACAGUGAGCCGUUAACACGGAUAAGACAAUAAGCGUUUGCGAAAACCUUUAUGCAAGUUUGUAAUAUCUGCUCGCUUUUACCGGCUCACUAGCAACAAGUUGGGUUUGGUGGAAGGAGUGGAUUUAGUUUCUGUUUGUUUGUUUGUUUGUUUGGUUAGCCAGCCAUCUUUGGCCACUAUUCCAAAGUACUUACGAGUACUGUAUGUACGAGCGUUACGUUGCAAACUAUAAUAGACAUCGUAAAGAGAGAGAGAGAAAAAAAACACACAAUCUCUAUCAAAAUUACACAUGAUAGUAAGUUACCGGCAGCAAAUGUUGACUGUCACGCAGAUUCCGCUUUAGCAAUGUUGGGCUUUCCUUAUCGUUUUUUUUUGUGUAUCGAAUUUACUGAUUAAUGAUUACGGAUACUAAACAACCGCAGUGUGUAAGACUAUCAAAACUACUAGCCUAACCCUAACUUGACUGUUUCUAGUUGUUAAAGUGAAGCACCGAUAAAGUGCAGUUGCAGUGCGUGUGCUAUCAAGUGAUGAAGAUGAAGCAUAAACUUACCAAAAUGUUGUUGCUCGCGCCAAACAACAACCAACCGCCAAUCCGUGAAAUCCAAUUGAAUCAGUUAACAAAAUCGAAGUGUUUGUGCGCGCCACAUAUAUUUCCGGCCUUCCAGCACAUUAAGAUACGCUACAGCCAAGCGUAAAUGUAAAUAUGCAUGCUAGUCGAAAAACUCAAAAAAAAAAAAGUAUAAUACUACAACAACACUGAGCCUGUUGGGGACGGGUGAGUUUACUAUACAUUCGCAAACCGAAGUAAAAGGUAAAUAUAGGUAGAACAUUCGUACUUACGUUUUGAAACUGUUUUUUUUUUUUGAAGCCAUGCACAAAACCAGACGCAUCGGGGCCAAGCAGCAUGGCUGCGUUUGUCACGAAUAUCUUGCAAGAAAAAACAAAAACGGAAAAAAGAAAGAUAAAAAACCAAGUAUUCCAGAAUGAUUCAUUUUGUAAGCCAUACCCAUCACCAUUUUGUGCAAAUAACCGAACCGAUGCAAAAGAGGCCAUGAAUGCAACAUGGCCGAGCAAGCAUAUAGGGCGCGCGUAUAUGUUACAAGAUGCGUUCUGUAAACAUAUAUUUAUAUAGGCAUAUUAUAUUAAAAAAUUGCGUCAGAAACGUUAGAAUGAUUGGAUUUGUGUGAGUACAGACGAACGAUUUCGGUGCCUGAUCGGGGAAUGACGAUCUUGCACGAAUCGAAAAAAUAAGUUUAAUCCAUUUGCUUUUGGGUAAAUUUUCAAAUUGUUUUAUUUAUCGCCAAAAAACCCCCUACGGCAAUGUAUAUGUUUCCAAGAUAAAAUAAAAAAAAAACACUCACACUCAUACAGAAGCGACGUUACCGAGUAAUUAGCCAACUUACUUACUAAACCUUUACGUUUACUGUAUCGAUACAUAGUUUUUUUUUCUUCUUUAUGUUAGGGUUUUCCACACGCUCUAAGAUUAGGCAAUAGGUACGUGGAAAACCUACUAUAAACCGUGAAAUAUGCAGCACCAUAGUACGAUUUACGAAUAAUACUUUGUAAACUAUUCCGGAAUAGUUGAGCGGAAGAAAAAGCAAGAGGAAAAUGGACGGCGAAAUACAAUUUGUUUUUGUCGAAAUCGA